AUGGCAAGUAAAAUAACGUGGGACCUACGACGAAUUUAUUCGCUUCUAAAUCAAUUAAAUAAUCCACACACACGUCUAUCAGCAAUUCAUAUAACUGGGACAAAUGGUAAAGGAUCAACAUCAUCGUAUAUCGACAACAUCCUACUGAAAGCCGGCUACAAAACUGGAAGAUAUAAUUCACCGCAUUUACUCGAACCACGAGAUUCGAUCCGAAUCAAUGGUCAAAUAACCGAUCGACAAGAUUACCGCGAAUUAUCGGAUUCAAUUUAUGCGAAAAUUCGCGCUGCUGACAUUGAUGCAAGUCCAUUUGAAGCGUUGACUGCGCUGGCGUUCUAUUGGUUUGAUUUAAAGAAAGUUGACGUGGUGGUUGUUGAGGUUGGAUUAGGCGGUACACAUGAUGCCACGAAUGUUUUUGAUAAGCCUCUUGCUAGUGUUAUUUCUUCGAUCGGGUUGGAUCAUGAAGAGAUUUUGGGAAACAAUGUUGAAAAAAUCGCACAUGAGAAAGCGGGGAUUAUAAAGAAUGGAAGUUUGGCUGUAAUUGGUCCUCAGAAGGAAUUAGCGGCUAUAAAUGCGAUUAAAACGUAUUUAAGUGAAGAAAUUAAAGUGGAUCAUGUCGAAUGGGUUAAACCAGCAGUUUGGGAUCUUUCUUCGAAAGAAUCUGGAUGGGCAAAUUUGUCGUUGAAAGAUAAUUAUGAUGAACCAUCAUCUUCAACAUCAACGAUUCGUUUGAAAAUUCCACUUUAUGGUGAUUAUCAGUUGGAGAAUGUGGCGACUGCGGUCACUACCAUUGAUUUGUUGCGUAAAAAACUUCCUCAAUUUUCAAAGAUCACCGACAUGCACAUAUUCGAGGGUAUUGCAUCAACUAAAUGGCCUGGACGUCUUCAAUAUCUAGACAUUUCUCCCUUGGUAGCAAAAGAAGGCAAGGAUUUCUCCUCGAUUCUCCGUGUUUUAUUAAGGAAAGGUGACUCGUUUCUACCGGUCUCAUUCUCAAAAGUUGAGGAAAUGUUUUGGGUUAAACCAACAGAAACGAGCGUGCUUGCUUCUCUGGCGAACAAUCUUGAACUCGACCUUGAUAUCCGGGAAGCUGGGAGUCUUAUUAACGCUUUAAAUUGUGCUUGUGAAAUUAAAGAACAAAAAGGUGGAAAUAUAGUAAUUUCCGGAAGUUUGUAUAUGAUUGCAGACCUUUAUCGGCUGCUAAAGUUUGAUGAGAAUUAUGAAUUUAUUCAUGGAAAUAAUUGA